AGGCGGUUGCCUCCGAUGCCGCCUCCGCCUCCGCCUCCGCCCCAACGCCCUCUCGCGACUCCGUUGCCCCCGACUCCGACGCCGACGCCCACCUCCGCCUCCGCCUCAGCCGACGCCCUUUCCACCUCCGCCGAAACCUCGACCGAUCGUUCGGCUGCGGACUCUGCUCAUAUCUCACAGCGUCCUCGUCAGGUCGAUGUUUGCCGCACCGCCGUUCACCAGAUGAGCGGUCACCAGAGGAGGUCACGAGAUGCAUCCUCUGGGACAGCUGAUCAGGUGGAAAAGCAUGAUGAACAGAAAUCUGAGGUCCCAGAGUUCUGCAUUGAUGCUGGUUCAGCUGGAAACAUUGCCAGGUUUAUCAAUCAUAGCUGCGAGCCCAAUCUAUUUGUCCAAUGUGUAUUAAGUUCCCACCAAGACAUUAAGCUGGCUAGGGUGGUUCUAUUUGCAGCUGAUAACAUACCACCAUUGCAGGAGCUUACGUAUGACUAUGGCUAUGCGCUUGAUAGUGUUUUUGGCCCUGAUGGAAAGGUGAAAAGAAUGCCAUGCUACUGUGGUGCAGCUGAUUGUACGAAGCGCUUGUUCUAAAACAUUAAAACAUUCGAAGUGCUUGUUCCACCUUCUGUGGUUCUUAUGCUUUUCUUAGCCAAGCAAAUUUUGUGGUAAUGUGCUAUUGCGUAAGCUUGUCUGUUCCUGUAAUCUUGUCACUGCCGUGACAGGUUUGAUACAGUAGGUUAGAUUCUAUAGCCAGAAACGGAGAGGGAAAGCAAAUAGGUUCUGUUGUGAAAAUCAAAGAAGUGCACGUCGUUUGUCGGCUAAGGAAGUUUUGUGUAUUUA